AAUGCAAUAUGCACUGUAAAAUUAAACAAAGAACGCCCACAGAAACGUAUAUCUAUUGUAAAUUACAAUUUUUAAUAGACUUAGAUUAUUGUUAUGUGUAUCGCCUACUUAAUGAUGAUAUUCAACAACUCAUGACGAAGUGAAACUGUUUUAGUCAGUGUCUAAAAACUAAAAACAAAUCUUCGUUCAUUAUUUAGAGACAUUGAUUGUAAAUUAGUGAUAGCGUAAGGAAAAAUGAGUAAAAAUACUCAUUUAUCCGAUACUGAUGAAAUAAUUUCCGAAACAACAUCGGAAACUGCCCAACUUGUUGCCAAUGAAGAACCAAGUUCCUCAAAUUACACAGAAUUAAAUAAACCAGAUCACGAGGAUUCUGAUGAAAAUGAAUUACAGGGUAGUCAUGGAGUCCGACGGAGGAAUAUUGUUCAAAAGAUUGAACCAGGCUCAUUGAAUGUGUUAUCAGCUAAAUAUGAAAGCUUAGAUUAUGACACCUGUGAAAAUCAUCUACUCCUAGAUGAAGAACGAAAACGUGGAUAUCCAUUUAUAGUUUGGAAGGAUAUAUUGAGAUGGUUUAUAAUUUUGUUGAUUGGUAUUAUCACAGCGCUGAUAGCAUUUUUCAUUGAUAUUUGCAUUGAAGAAUUCUCAAAUAUCAAAUAUAAAGCCCUCAAGAAAUCUGUUGAUAAAUAUGUCUUGCAAGACAAACUAUACAUCCCAUAUUUAUUAUGGGUUUUAUCGAAUAUAUGUAUUGUGUUUAUUGGAUCAAUGCUUGUUGCAUAUGUUGAGCCAGUGGCAGCAGGAAGUGGCAUACCACAAGUAAAAUGUUACCUGAACGGAGUUAAAGUACCUAGAGUAGUAAGGAUUAAAACCCUUAUUGUAAAAGCCGUAGGUGUCAUAACAGCAGUUGUUGGUGGUCUUGCGGGAGGAAAGGAAGGUCCAAUGAUCCACAGCGGUUCGGUUGUGGCGGCGGGAAUAUCUCAAGGAAAGAGCACGACGUUCAAUAAAGACUUCAAGAUAUUUCAGUAUUUCCGCGAGGAUCACGAGAAGAGGGAUUUCGUUUCCGCUGGAGCGGCGGCUGGGGUUUCCGCUGCUUUUGGAGCCCCUAUAGGCGGUGUGUUAUUUUCAUUAGAAGAAGGCACUAGUUUUUGGAAUCAGGCUCUGACAUGGCGAACGUUUUUUGGGACGGUCGUAUCCACAUUUACUUUGAACUGCGCUUUGUCGGCUUACCACGGCCACCCGGGCGAGCUCAGCUAUCCAGGUCUUUUAAAUCUGGGUAAAAUGGAACCAUUCCCAUUUCAAUUUUACGAGUUGCCAGUAUUUAUGCUCUUCGGUGUGGUCGGAGGCCUUUUGGGGGCCUUGUGGAAUUUUCUCAACUACAAAUUGUCGGUGUUUAGAAUAAGAUACAUAUGUGCCCCGUGGUUGCGGGUUGUGGAAGCGUGCCUGGUGGCUGCGGCGAGCGCGACCUGCGGUUUUCUGAUGAUGUUCUUACUCGACGACUGUCGUCCCCUCGGGGAGGACCCUACAAACGUACCCUUACAGUUAUACUGCGAAGACGGCGAGUACAACGCGCUAGCCGCGAUAUGGUUCCAAACGCCCGAAGCGUCGGUGCGAUCGUUCCUCCACGACCCGAUGGGCUCGUACAAGCCCUGGUCUAUACUAGUGUUCGUCGUGUGCUACUUCCUGCUCUCGACGUGGACGUUCGGUCUGGCCGUUUCCAGCGGCUUGUUCAUACCGAACCUGCUGACCGGCGCCGCUUGGGGAAGAUUGCUCGCUAUAUCCAUACAGUACAUGCUACCUUCCAAGACUAUUAACCCAGCCAAGUACGCGCUGGUCGGUGCGGCCGCUCAACUGGGAGGCGUCGUACGGAUGACGAUAUCAUUAACGGUCAUUAUUAUAGAGACAACGGGACAGAUAUCAAACGCCCUACCCAUCAUCAUCACGCUGGUCGUGGCCAAAUGGAUAGGCGAUUUCUUCAAUGAAGGUAUCUACGAUAUAUAUAUCCAGCUGGCGGGCGUGCCGCUGUUGCCGUGGGAGCCGCCUCCGUUGGCGCACAACGUGUACGCGUCCGAAGUAAUGUCGCAUCCGGUGUUCACGUUGCGAACGGUCGAGAACGUUGGUCACAUCGUCGAGAUACUUAAGCUGGUUUCCUACAAUGGGUUCCCGGUCGUUGACCCGCCCCUCGCUGAUGAUUCCGAAGUAACGACAUACAAACGUCUUCGUGGACUGAUACUGCGCUCCCAGUUGAUAGUGCUGUUGCAGAAUAAAAUAUACAAUGAAAACGCGAACACGACGUGGUCGAAUUUCCAGGUGGACAUGGACAUGUUCAGGAAGGAAUAUCCACGAUUCCCGUCUAUAGAUGAGGUGAGUAUCACAUAAUCAAAACAUUUAUUUAUCAAUUAAUUUUUAACUAGAGGUCCCGCAGUAGUCGAAAUUCGACUAUAAUUAAUUGGAAUUGUAAGUUUGUACACUAUUAUGAUUGUAUUUUAUACUUGUAUAUUUGAAUUUUUCAAACAGGUUGUUGGUAUAGUCACUCGGAAAGAUAUCGCUCGGUACCGAGUAUGGAGACAUCGAGGACAUAUGGGAAUGGAGGAGUUGGUGCUCUCUAGUGAAAUUUAACUUUUAUUGUUUAGAACACAGAUAGGUAGAUGUAAUAUCGUAUUACUAUGGACUGCCAUAUCUCCAAAGAGUAAUGAAGUGAUAAAACAUAUUACUGUUGAUGUACUAUUCUCUUAGAAAUUUUCCUAUUUUUUUUGCAUCACAAUGAGUAUUAAAUUUUCUUAAAAAGUAUUUUGUUUAAAAUCAUUUUAAUUAAUAAAUAAUGUAAUGAGU